UCUCUUAGCAAUGAAUCAAAAACGAAACUUGAUGAGCUAAAAGCAUCUGGUUUUCGAAUUUGCAAUUACCAAAAUAUACAAGGAGACUUAUCUAUAAAUGAGUGGAAUAUUAUCAUAAUUCAGGUUGAGAGUCUUUUCCGUAUAGAGUUCACAGCCCGUCCAUUUGUAGCUAUUCUCGAUGAAGUCAAUGCUAUUAUGCGUCAAAUGUCUAGCGGUACCAAUGCACGGGAAUCUGAGAAUGCAAUACGUGAUGUAUUAAGAUCUGCGAGACAUGUUUUGGCUAUGGACGCCUUUGCAAAUACAUCAACACUAACCUUUCUCCAGGUUUAUCGUGGUGAAAAUAUUCAUGUAGUCAUUAAUAAGUACCAGCCUCGUAUAGGCGAGACAGUUGAGUUUAUUUACGAUCCGAAUAGCGGAGCUGAAGUCAUGCGAAUAGGAUAUGAUCUUUUGAAACAGGGCAAACGCGUAGCAUUCGUAUCUACUGGAGCAGUGAUGGCUAGAGCGUUAGUGGAAAAAGCAUCUAAAUUAUCUAAACCUGAUAAUUCGCCUAUUAGAGCCCGUGCAUACUAUGGAGAUAUGGAUGGGAAGCAGAGACAAAAAGACUUCUCUGAUAUUAAUAUUGCUUGGGGUGAGCUUAACUGCAUAGCCUAUACAAAUACCGUAGAGGCUGGAAUAUCAUUCGAAGUUACAGGCCACUUCGAUAUAGUUAUAGCUAUUACAAAUAUCGCCACUCCAGUUCAUGUUGAGGCUCUUGCACAAAUGCUUUAUCGAAUUCGUGAUUGUCCUCGUCGUAUUAUUUCUGUAUUCUAUCAGAAAAAUUCUAAUGAACCUUUUCGACCACCAGGUCAUGAAAAUAUUCGAGCAGAACUUGAAAGUGCUCGACCUAAUAAUUUACCUACAGCAAUAAAGGGACAUCGUGAAUGGGAUAGCAAUGCUGUUUCUUAUGAAAUUGAUCAAUCCCCAGCUGUAAUAACAUUCAUUGAAGUUGAGCAUCAGAAACGCCUUUCCGCGAGAUAUUUUAUAGAGAAGCUUUGUAGUCUUAUAGCCAGUACUGGCGCUUUUCUCCAACUAAUAAAAAUGGAUGAGAGCCGAGGAAUUAUAGGAAAUCGUAAAAAGGUUCGUAAUGAAGUUAAGGUUGAAGCAUUAGUUAUCAAAGAAACAGAUUUCAAUGCAGUUGCUAUUUCCCGGAACCUUAUUCCUGAAGAAGCUGAAAGUCUUAAGUUUGAUCAAGAACGCUCUAUCACAGAUACUAUGGCACUUAAACGAUUCUACAUGCGAAAUAUUUAUAGCUGUAAAGAUAUGAGUAAUGAUGACUGGGAUAAUCUUUGCAAAAAGAAGUUCGUAGAACGUUUUAGCCCACCUGAACCUCGAAAACAUUUUCUGCGCUUAUCUCACCUUCGGAGACAAGGAUGCGAUGAAAAUAGUGCAAUAGAAGGUUUAGUUGCUAAAGACUUUGCACAGUGGGAGGAUACCUGUUUUAAAGCUGAAAAUAAUUUUGAAAAAUCUGUAGCAGAAGACUUACGAAAAACUUAUUCGGCAAAUCAUUGGAAGGUUAUAAAGGAACUCUUUCAAGUAUUAGGCUUUACUGGCAUUGAUGACAAGCAUAUUCUUUCUGGUGAUACUGUAUCAGAAUCAUUUACACGAUCCUAUAAAAGGUUUAUAGAGGUUUUGGAUCAAUCCCUAUUACUCUUUGGCUUCAAGUCUC